AUGUUUGUGGAAUCCCAAGGAAAUCCAGGAACAGAUCCAUUGGUUUUGUGGCUAAAUGGAGGUCCUGGCUGUUCAUCUCUUGGUGGUCUAUUUGAAGAGUUAGGCCCAUAUUUAAUCAACAAAGAUGGAAAAACACUUCGCCUAAAUCCUUAUUCGUGGAAUAAUUAUGCAUCAAUUAUAUUUUUAGAAUCCCCUGCUGGGGUUGGAUUUUCGUAUAAUACUAAAAGCAAGAAUGUUUUGACAAAUGAUGAUGAGGCUUGCCAUUCAGUGAAGCAAGUUAAGAGAUACAUCCUAGUUACCUCCCAUUUACCACUUAUAUUGAGGUCCAAACUUAAGUUGGUGGAUUCCGGGAACUCUUCGAAUAUCCAGAUCCGCCAACUAGUCCAAACUAGAGACCGUAUCAAGAAGAGAUCGCGAAAAAGAACUUCUGUUAUCGUGAUCUCGUUCAUUUUUGUGAUAUCGAUAAGAGUCACUUAUGACCCUCGAGUCAGGUCUCUAGUCCAAACAUGUAUGAUAUACAUAAAAAACUAUUUUCAGGUUGCUGUAGCUAACUAUGCAGCAUUAAAAGAUUUUUUCAAUAAAUAUCCUUUAUUUAAAUCAAAUCCAUUUUACCUCACUGGUGAGUCUUAUGCAGGAACAUAUAUUCCAUUGCUUGGUGUUAAAAUUUUGGAAAGCAUCAAAGAUACAAAAAUAAAUUUAAAAGUAUAUUUUGAUAUUUAA